GCAGGAUUACAGUACGGGCACUUCAGUCUUGAACUCAAUCGAGGAAAAGUCGGUGUCGGUUUGAGCGAGCAAAAUUUUUGUGUAAAUCAGUUCACGCAGGGGGAAGAAAAAAAAUAAGUACAUAUUACUGCCGGGUCCGGGAAACGGAAGAUCAUUCUCUUGUGUGAUAUCAGUUCGUGAACGUGUUAUCCGAAAAGAACUACCAGAAUGUCAGACAGAAAGGCUGUGAUUAAGAACGCUGAUAUGUCUGAGGAGAUGCAGCAGGAUGCUGUCGACUGUGCAACUCAAGCCCUCGAAAAGUACAAUAUAGAAAAGGACAUUGCAGCCUAUAUUAAGAAAGAAUUUGAUAAAAAGUACAAUCCAACGUGGCAUUGCAUUGUAGGCCGUAAUUUUGGAAGCUAUGUGACACACGAAACAAGACAUUUUAUCUAUUUUUACUUGGGCCAAGUAGCGAUCCUGCUUUUCAAGAGCGGAUAAACUGGAGUUUAUUCUAUAAUCACCAUCUUUUCUUCCUCCCUUUCACACGCUACAUGGAAAUACCUUAAGUCAAGUCACCGUCUGUAAGGAAAAUUACGAUACUGUGUAUAAUGAAAAUUUGUUUCUCAAACAAAAA